GGGAUCAACAAGGAAGAAGGCGUCGCGAGGGUGUAUUAUUAUUAUCAACAAGCGACCAAAAUACGCAAAAUACACAAGUUCCCUUUAAUGAUACUGUGAAACAUGUCGAAUAAAUCAACGUAGUUAUGUAUUGUGUGUCAUUUACGUUCUCCAGAAACAUUUAAACGAGGAAAACACUGUUCUAAUUAUAAAUCUUUAAAAGCGACAUACUGCGUUGUGUGAGCGCAGCCUUGUUCACUUCAGGAUACUGAGGAUAAUCAAAUAAAAACUUGAAACCCUAGCUAGUAACAAUCAUUGAAUUCAUGUUUAAAACCCCUUCACGGUUGAUCGGAUAGACGUAUCCACAGGAUAAUUUUAUUUACUUAUACGUUACCAGAGUAACAGUAAGAUGGACACUAGUAAACCCAAGUUUGACCCUAAAGAGCACCAGCAUUUAAGGUACAAUCCUCUGCGGGACUCAUGGGUUCUGGUCUCGGCCCAUCGGAUGAAGCGUCCAUGGAAAGGACAGGUGGAGAAACCGCCAGUGGACACCAUCCCACGACAUGACCCCAACAACCCUCUCUGUCCUGGCAGUGUGAGAGCUAAUGGAGAGGUGAAUCCUGACUAUGACGGCACGUUCAUGUUUGAAAAUGAUUUCCCUGCUCUCCAGCCUGAUGCUCCAGACCCCGGUUCAGAUCAUCACCCACUUUUCCAAAGCAAAGCAGCCAGAGGCAUUUGUAAGGUUAUGUGUUUCCACCCCUGGUCUGACGUCACCCUCCCGCUCAUGAAGCCUGCAGAGAUCCGCAGAGUGAUUGACAGGUGGGCAGAUCUGAUCGGAGAGCUGGGUGAUGCGCACACAUGGGUGCAGAUCUUUGAGAAUAAAGGAGACGCGAUGGGCUGUUCAAACCCCCAUCCCCAUUGUCAGGUUUGGGCCAGUAAUUUUCUCCCCAAUGAGCCGGCGCUGGCGGAGCGCUGUCAGAGAGACUUCAUGCAGAAGCACGGAGAGCCGAUGCUGGUGCAGUACGCUCGAAUGGAGGCGCAAGCACAGGUAAUACACCCACAUAAGACACAGUUCAUAGCGUUCAGCUGUCUCUCAGCAUAA